AUGGAAGACAUCCUAAGACAAGAAUACAUGUGGAAACGUGGACUAAGAUUUAUCCUCAAGAUGACUUCGGGAGCAGUCUACUCAAUAGUGAUGCAUAUUUUCCUCAUCACCGUAUACUCUUUGCUAAUUUUUCAAAUUUUCUAUACAAGCGGGUUUGUUCUCGGCCGGGUUAUCGAUAAAAUUGGCUUCUUCGUCAUGUACCUUAUGCUCGGCUUAGUGGAAAUUGCAUUGAGAGCGUCUAUUAAGGAGGAGUCUAUUGAAGACCGGAGGUGUGUCACAACGUUCGGGCAUCUCAGCCAUAUGGUGGGAUGUAUUUUGCUCUCCGAGUACAUGAGUUUCUGGAAGAUGACUCCUUAA